AUGAUUAUUGAAGAAGCAUUUCAAACAGGUCAAAAACAUGCUGUAUUGGAUGGUUAUACGAUUGACUUUAAAGAAGGAAUCCAAAUUUCGAAUAACGAUCGCAGCAAACAACAUCCCGUAAAACGAAUUACUUGUAGCAUAGAUGACCAUCCUGUACGCGAAGAACGUUUUACCUACACUCCUAUCAGUCCUAAACAACCAUUUGCUGGUAGAUAUGGGUGGAUUUCACCUUUCAUAAGAGCAACAGUAAAACAUUUAAACAUUACAAAAGAAAAUUUACCAUCAAAAGAUGCAACAGUUAUUCCUAUGAUUGUUGAAAAAGCUGCUGAUGGCAUAAUUCAAGAGGGUAAAAAGAUUGAAAAACAACGUGAAGCGGAAUGGAUAGCAAAAAUGUUGCGAGAAAAGCAACAUGCUAGUAUGAAAGAAGUAUGGAAAUCCUGCGCUUAUCUUUAUUCAUUGGAAGGCUUUUUGUAUAAAAAAAUGAAUGAAACCAUGCGAUUGAUAGGAGACAAAGACUAUGAACAAGAUUGGAGAGAUAAAGUACCAACAUUAGGUCCAUUUUGUUUGCUGUUAUGGGACAAUCCAGCCAGUUACAAAACUACUAAACAAGGAACAAUACUUUAUCGAGGAGCUAAACUUUCCGAUGAACUCGUUUCGAUGUUCAAGGAAGAUUGUAAGCAAAAGAGAAAGAAUAAACCAAUACGUUCGUUUCAAUCAUUUACUUCAUGUAGUCGAGAUAGUGCUGUAGCUGAGAUGUACGGCAACACACUGUUUAUUAUGACAAUCAAGCAUGCUUUCAGUGUGGAUCUUAAAGCAUGUUCCCAAUAUCCUGACGAAGAAGAAGAACUAGUUUCACCUGGUGUUUGCUUUACUGUUGAACGUGUUGAAUUCGAUCAAGAGAAAGACAAAUAUGUGAUAUAUUUAGAUCUUAUACAACAGUACAAUCAAAUCGAUCAUGAACAAAUAUCUGAGUGUCUUAUUCGUCAUUCUGACCCUAUUGAUCCUGAUUCUGAUUCUGAUGCUUAUUAUGCUGAUGCUCGUCUUCGUGAUCUUCGUCGUGAUCGUUGUGAUCGUUAUCCUGGUUAUGCUCGUCGUUAUCGUUAUCGUGGUUAUGCUCGUCGUUAUCGUUAUCGUGGUUAUGCUCGUCGUUAUCAUCAUCGUGGCUAUGCUCGCCGUCCUCAUGCUCGUAAUGAUGAUCGUCGUCAUCGUGCUCGUAAUGAUGAUCGGCGUGAUGGUGGUGAACAUGACUGGUACUAAUGGUUGAAUUUUGGACUACGUGUAAAUACUGCGAGGAUGUGAGGGUGUUGGCGGGGUGAGAACAGCUACCGUUAUCUAGGUUUCACUCCAGCUACGGAGAUCAUCAGACGGCAACUAGGGUGUGGGUGGGUGUGGGUGUGGGGUGUGGGUGUGGGUGUGAGUGGGUGUGGGUGUGGGUGUGGGUACGUGUGGGUGUGGAUGUGGGUGGGUGUGGGUGUGUGUGGGUGUGGUUGUGGGUGUCGGUUGGAAUGUACUGUCGAUACACCCAUACACCCACACCCACACC